UGGCGAAUUUAUUAAUAUGCGUAAUAAGUUAUUUUUGAUUAUUAAAUAUUAAUUAAUUAAAUGCUGAUUAUAAAAUACGCCUAGCCUUGGGCUUACUACAGAAGACAUCCGAAUAUUUGGGAUUUUCUUCGUGAGUCAUCGAAAACGUGUUUUGUGUGUUCUAUGUUUUAUAUGUUGCAUCAAUCUUCAUGUUUGUGAAUAAGUGUAUUACAAAUAAUAAAUGUGACUGCAUGUCUACGGUGUUUCAGAAAUGAAUUAAAAUUGAUACCAAUAAUGUAACUUGUGCAUUUAUUAUAUUAUUAUUAUUAUGUUCUUUAUCUUGUAUCAAGCUCGCACCACGGUUGACCCGGGCAAUUAGAAAUAUUGUAUCGUGUUUAAUACGUAUUCUUCCGUGUUCAAGCAUGGUGGCUCAGCGUACAACAUACAAACAUUACAUUGGCGACGAAGAUAAAAAUUGAUUAAAGAAUGACAUCAUAUUUGGAUAGUUUGACGCAAUUUAAUGUCGAUUGUGACAGUUGGAAAAUUUAUCAAGAACAGUUGGAACAAUUUCUUGAGGUAAAUAAAAUUAAAAAUGAUUUAAGAAAAUCUGCAUUUUUAAGUUGUAUUGGUCAAGACGCAUAUAAAUUGCUAAGGGAUUUGUGCACACCAGAUCUUCCAAAAGAAAAAACUUUUAAAGAAUUGUGUUUGUUGAUGGAAAAUCAUUUUACUCCGAAAAUAAAUAUUUUCCGGGAGCGAAAUCAUUUUUAUGCGGCUAGUCAACAGGAGAGCGAAUUAAUUGCGGAUUUCACGGCAAGAUUUAGAAACCUAUCAGCAAAUUGCAGUUUUGGUGUCAACCUUGAAAGCAUUUUAAUCGAUAAAUUUGUAUUCGGAUUAAAAUCGGGCAAAAUCAAGGACAGGAUUUGUGAGGAAAAACCAACAUAAGAAACAACUUUUUCUCAAAUUGUCGAGAUUGCACUUGCAAAAGAAACUUACAUAGUCAACGAAACAGUCCAAGUCAACUGGAUUAGAAACAAAAAAGGACAUUUUCAUAAAAAACAAUACAUGUCGUCGGCAGAGUUCAAAAACACGGGUUUGAGUCACAGGGAUCACGAAGUUCGAAAUAAAAAAAAUGCAUGGGACCAAGGAGCGCGGAUACAAGGGCAUUUUCAAUCAACAAGUAGCAGUAAAUAUUUAAAGGGCAAGGAUCAAGGAGUCAGCACUGUACCAAAGGUCAAUCAAUGUCGAGUUUGCGGUAAAAGGCACACGGGUAUUCAAAAUUGUAAAUAUAAAAAUUAUCAUUGUAAUCUUUGUAGUUCAAUAGGACAUUUAGCAGUAAUGUGUAAUAAGUCUAAAAGUACGAAUUUUUUAAAUAUCGAGAAAGUAGAGGAGAAUACGUUUGAGAGCUUAAUCUUGAACAUAGAAACGAACGAUUCAAAACCUAUUAUGUUAGACGUAAAAAUAAAUGAUAUAAAAUUAAAGGCACAGUUAGAUUCAGGUUCAGGUUUAACAAUUAUUUCGGAAAAAACUUUUUACGAAUUAUUUGAUAAAAAUACGAUUUUAAAUAAAGUUUUUAAAAAUGUAAAUGGUUAUACUGGGGAAAAAAUAAAUAUAUUGGGUUUUUUUUUUUGCAAACAUUAAUUUCAAAGAUAAAACUUUCGAAGAUUUUAAAAAUUUAUGUGGUGGAAAAAGGAGGGCCGAAUUUAUUAGGUAGAGAUUUUAUGGUAAAAUUUAACAUAAAAUUAACUAAUAUCAACAUGUUAGACAAUUUCGAACAAUUAAAAAAUAAAUAUUCAAAAUUGUUUAGCGACGGUAUGGGUAAAUAUAUAUAUGAAAAAUUCAAAACUAGGUUGAAGGACAACGCUACCCCUAUUUUUCAUAAGCCAAGACAAAUUCCUUUCGCAUAUAAAAAACGGGUGGAAGAGCAGUUAUGUAGAUUGGAGAAGUUAGGUGUAAUUUUAAAGGGUGAUGGAAAAAUUAGAAUAUGUGCAGAUUAUAAAGUUACGGUAAAUAUGUUUGUUCGGGAGGUAAAAUAUUCAUUACCAAGAAUUGAAGAAAUAUUUCAAAAAGUGAGUUAAGGAAAAGAAUUUAGUAAAAUUGACCUAAGUGAAGCGUAUAACCAAUUAGAGUUAGAUGAAGAAUAUUCGAGAAUCUUAACUUGGAGCAUCCAUAAAGGACUUUUUAAAGUACACAGAUUGCCAUAAGGUGUCUCACCAGCUAGUUCUAUAUUUCAAAAAUUAAUCGAACUUUUUCAAGGUCAUGAGUGUGUAGCUAACUUUUUAGAUGAUAUUAUAAUAACCGGACAAGACAGAGCAGACCAUUUGAUUAAUUUGGAUAAAGUAUUUAAAAUUUUAAGCAAAGCUGGUUUAAAAGUUAAAUUAUCUAAGUGUGAGUUUUUCAAAAAUGAUAUAUACUCUAUAUUAUAGUAUUUAGGUCAUAUUAUUUCAGCGGUAGGUUUACGGAAAUGCGAAAAUAAAAUUAAAGCGAUUGUAGACGCACCAGCGCCUCAUAAUGUAACACAAGUCAAAUCAUUUGCGGGCAUGGUAAAUUAUUAUUCUAAAUUCUUACCCAACGUUUCGAUUAUUAUGAGACCUAUUUACAAAUUAUUAACGAAAAAUAAUCAGUUUAUUUGGACUCGGGAUUGUCAGAAGGCAUUUGAUACAAUUAAGGAACUGGUUAUUUCAGAUAAAGUUUUAGUACAUUUUAACCCAAAUUUCCUUAUUAUUUUGACGACUGAUGACGGUAUCGCAGGUUGUUUAUCACAUAUAAUGCCAGAUGGAAGUGAGCGACCGAUUAGUUUUAUUUUGAGAACAUUUGUGGCAGCGGAAAAUAAUUAUUCUGUCACGGAUAAAGAGGCUUUAGCAAUUUAUUGGUCGGUUAAGAAAUUAUUUCAAUAUCUCCAAUACCAAAGAUUCACUAUCAGAACUGAUCAUUAACCACUCAUUGGGAUUUUAGGCGAAGACAAAAAUAUACCAACUAUGACUUCAGCAAGAUUUCAGAGAUGGGCAGUUUUCUUGGCGGGUUUUCAGUAUAAACUAGAACGCAAAUUAAAGGGAACGAUAAUUACACGUCAGAUUUACUUUCGAGGUUACCUAUAAAGGAAAAUGUUAUGUCGAUAGACAGUGAACCGCAAAGCACAUAUAUUUCAUUUAUUGAAUUUGAAUAUUUUCCGAUAAACCAUAAUGCAAUCAAAUUACAAACUAAUAGAGAUAAAAUUAUUAGUAAAGUUUAUUAUUAUGUGACCCAUGGAUGGCCUAAUUUGUUUAGUGAUGAUCUAAAACCAUACAAGGACAGACAGACCGAUUUAUCUGUUGAGCAAGGGUAUUUGAUGUUAGGGUAUAGGGUAGUAAUACCAAAUAAAUCACAUAAAAGUAUUCUAGACGAAUUACAUAGCACACAUCUUGGGGUAGUCAAAAUGUAGGCAGUUGCGAGAUCGUAUGUUUGGUGGCCCAAAAUAGAUGAACAAAUAGAAAAUAUAGUUAAAUCCUGUGAUCAUUGUGUGGAAAUAUUGUAGAUUGUAUUAUAUAUGUAUUAGUAUUUGUGUGUAAGGUUCGUCGAACGGACGGUUUUCCCGUACGUCGUUAUC